GUCAGGCAUUUGCUCUGCGAAUGUGUUAGGAGGGAAAAUUGGAAAUUUUGUGAGAGUUGAUAUAAUUAUUAACAUGCAGACAUAGUGCUGUUGCGAGCUGGCUAUAGAGCGAGAGGAUUUUUUCCCAAUAAUUUUCAUUGAUGCAGAAGACGUUUUUUUUUUCUUCCCCUUCUUUCUUCUUCCACCGUAGCUAGCGUAUAUAGGCCUCUCUAAGCCUGUGUUAGUGAUUGAAGUUGACUGUAGCAGAUGUAAGGAAGUAAGUUCUGAAAACAUGCACACACUACGCUAGAAGGAAACUGCGAGCAACUAGAUCAGCAGACGUUUUGUUUGUUAUGUGUUCUGUUUUGACUUGUGAACGGACCUAACUAGACUGCCGAUAAAAAGGAGAAUUGACUAGAUAUUGGAGGGUCUUCACAAACAGUGACAGUUUAUUAUAAACACAACCAUAGGAGAGAUGAAAAUCUAAUGGCCAUAAAAAAGGUGGUGUUUCAUCCAGAUCAACCUUUAACAAGUUGCAAUGGAAUUAAAUAAACAGGCGGGAACUGUUAGAAUCCUGUUGGCAGUCCAAAGUAAUAUAUUUGUCCUUUGUACUUUCAACAUCCAUUGAAAUCAACUGUAAAUAUGACAUCGCAUUGAAUGGAUGUGAUUUAACGCCAUUGUUUGGUCAGAGGAAUUUAAAAACCGAUCAGCAAUAGUAAAUGUUAAAAAGAUGAGCCAUCCACCAUCAACUUUAUGGAAAUAAUGGCGGCCUUGGGAAAUGGUUUCUGAGUUUUCUGGUAGUGUAAUAGCUCCAGUUACAAGUUACAGAGGAUGUUGGAGCGGCGGGGACUACUUGUGGCUGGAGGGUACCUUCUCUUCCUACUGAUCACAUCCAGGGCAGACUACAACAGAGAUUGCAAACACUUCUUUAACAGCACAACAGCCAACAAGAGUGGGACCUUCAACUCGAGUUCCUGGCCGGGCCUGUACCCCCUGAACUCGCACUGUAUGUACUACUUUGUGGGGCUCCAGAACGAGCGAGUCGAGCUGAACAUCACAGACUUCCAACUACAAGGUGUCUACCCCCAGUGUCAGUUUGAUUACCUGGAUAUCUAUGCCGACCUACUUACACUGGAGCCCGAGGCACAGAUAUCCUCCCGCCUUUUGGGACGUUUUUGUGGCGACCGUAUCGAUAUCCUACCCACACACAUCAUUUCCACCGCCAACAUUAUCCUGGUGGAGUUUCACUCGGACAGCCACAGAUCUGCGCGUGGUUUCUACGGCUCCUUCAGAUUCCUUGAUGGAUCAAUUUAUGAAAUUGGAACCAAAUCCCCAAAUCAAUAUUGCCAGUUCACAAUAGAAAGCAUUUACGAGAAGAAAGGCCAAAUCCUAUCCCCUACGUACCCCGGAGUGUAUCCAGACAACCUUAAUUGUUCAUAUGGAUUACACGGAGUGGCAGGGGAGAGAAUCCAGAUCAGCUUUAAUGACUUCUCCCUAUUUCAUGGAGGGGACUACUGUCCCUACGAUUCACUGACUGUGUACGAUGGACCUACCCGUCAUGCUCCAGUUCUUGGCAAAUUCUGCGGUGAGCACGGCCCAGUGACUUUCUUCUCCUCUGGAGAGCACCUAUAUUUAGAGUUUAUAACUAGGACUGGGCGGAUGGGACUAGCCAACGACCCUUACGAUUCCAGCGUUGAUUAUAAAUUCAACAGAAGAGGAUUUAAUGUGUCUUUCUCUUUCCGACAAGACCUCAUCAAUAUGGAUAAGCCAGCUGAGUCUCAAAAUAUGUACCACAUCAGAGGAACAGCCUGUGAUAUGAGAGUAAUCAGCAAUAGUUCCAGGAACGGGACCAUUAAUUCCCCAAGGUACCCCAAAAACUUCCCUGUCAAUAUCACCUGUAUUUAUUACAUCGACGGACACUACAGCCAAGACCGGCUGGAAAAAGUCAAGAUCAAAUUCACCGAUUUCUCCAUUCCUGGCAGCAUGCCCGACUGUAACUCUGGCUAUGUGGCCAUUGACGAGGAAGGACGACCGGACGCACGGGUAUUCAAGGAGCGUUACUGUGGGCCGUACCUCCCCCCGGACACCAGCAGCAAAAACUCUAGACUGGUCCUCAUCUUCAACACGGACAACGCUAGAGAGAGUCGGGGAUUCAGUGCUUUCUACGAGUUUAUACCAGACUACGGAAUUCCAGGAGAAAAUGUAGAGGAGGGGAAGUGUACAUAUUUAUACGCAAGCAAAUCUAGCAAGUCUGGCACGUUUAAUUCCCCACAUCACCCACUCCGCUAUCCAGACAACACGCAUUGUAGAUAUAUAUUCCGUCCAGAGCCAGGGGAGCGAAUUCUCAUCUCAUUUUAUACCUUCUUCCUGGGGGAGAAAGAUACAGCAUGUGAUAACAACGAUUUUCUAGAAAUAUUUCAUUCCGGUAGAACAGCCGGGGACAGCUACUCAGUGAAACACUGUGGCAGACGUUUUCCGGGUCCCAUUCUGGCGCACAAACAGCUAGAAAUUCAAUUCAUUUCCCGGCGGAACUCCAAAAAUAGCACAGGGUUUGAAGCCCGAUUUGAAUUUGUUCAUCCUGAUUCACUUAAUACAGAUUGCGGGGGUAGGGUGCACAGUUAUGGUACCGGGGGAAUCAUCGUCAGCCCUGGCUUCCCGGAGAAGUACAGCAGCAGGACCUACUGCCGCUGGACCAUCAAGGCCAGCUCUCCAUUCAAUGAUAUCCUCAUCUAUUUCUUUGCCUUCCAGACAGAAGGCACAGUUUCAAGAGAAGAAACCACAUCCAACUAUGGUUGUCAAAAUGCAGUAUUACGGUUAUAUCGGGGGAACGCCCGGUACCCGACUAUGUAUGUGGAGGCUCCCGAGGAGAAAUGUGGCAAACUCGACGGGGAACCCUUCCUCUCAAACAAUGACACGUUUGAAUUAGAAUUUUUAACUUCAAGCAGAGCUCUUGGUGCCAAAGGAUUCAAAAUCACAUGGACGGAGGUGCAUAAAGAAGGAGUGAGCUGUGAUUUCUUCCGUUGCUCAAAAAGUGAAUACUGCAUCCACAGCGAGUUGGCCUGUAACCAGGUCCCAAACUGUGGAAGGGGGGACAACUCAGACGAAGAGGAGGGAUGUCCGACGCCAUUCCCUAAGCGCGGGGAAUCUGCUGCAGGUCCGGCUGUUUCCAAGUUCGACAUUCUCCAUAUUGCUAUUGGAGCGUCCAUUUCCUCUUUCUUCUGCAUCGUUCUGGUGAUCUGCGGCCUAUAUCACAGGCGGCGACUUAGUCCGGAACAGAUCCGGACGCGUCGGCGCGCAUUUCCCCCGGAACAAGACACGGUGGAAGUGAGAUACGUUGCGGCAGAUUCCUCGUGCAACACCACUGAUCGUCUGCUGCAGUUAGAUCACGUGGGGCUAAACGAAAACGGCAAGGCGGCCGUGACGUCACCUCUAACGCCCAAUCAAAACAAAAAGUGUUUACCAGACUCUGCGGUGACCACACCCUGUGAAUCCCCUCCCCCGUUCAGUCUCAAAAAGCAGCCCAGUGAAGGGGAACAAGCCAUAAAGACUGUUGAUACAGCUAAUCACAAACCACAGACUCCAAGAAUUCAGAAAGUUUCUAUAGUUUAGCAACACCCCCACUCCCCACUUCCCCCCCUCAGGAAUGCAUUCCCUAUCCAAGUGUGUCUCCGCAUUCGUAAAUGUAUAGCUGUGUCAUUUUCACCAUAGCUGCUAUAAUGUAGUACUCUUUGACGACCCCCCCCCC